AAUGAAUCUUAGGCAUUUGAAAACCUUCAUACCUGCUCAAGAAAAUGAAGCCAAGAUUCAGGGAAUAGCUUGGUCUCCAAACAACAAGAAAUUGUCUGUAUGCACUAGUGACCAGUUAGUAAUCCUUUUCGAUGAGAAUGGCGAGCGUCGCACACGCUUUUCUGCAAAAAAUUCGGACUCAAAAAAUAAUGGGAGUACUUUUCAAAUCAGAGGCAUGGCGUUUUCUCAUGAUUCCGUGAAACUUGCUAUCGCGCAGUCAGACGUUAUAUUCGUGUACAGAAUUGGAGAGUCUUGGCCAUCCCGGGAUGAAAAGGUAGUAAUUUGCAAUAAAUUCUCACAAAAGUGUCUUGUUACAUGUAUUGUAUGGCCAGCUGACCAGCCGAUUAUUUGUGGCCUUGCCAAUGGCAAGGUAAGGGCUGCAGACACUCGUGCGAAUAAGUCUUCUACCAUAUAUAAUGCUGACUCCUAUGUUGUUUCAAUUUCAGCGAAUAUUACUGGAAAAGGGUUUGUUUCUGGACAUGCGGAUGGGAAAAUAAUCCGAUACCUUUUUGAUGGUGAUGACGAUGGUUCAGGUGACACUCAGGGGAAACUCGCAACUCAUCCAACGGCCCCGUAUGCAUUAGCAUGGGCUGGUUCUACAAUCUUAGCUGCAGGUAGUGAUAGACGUAUUCAUGUCUAUAAUAGACGGGGAAAGCUUAUACAGCAGUUUGAUUAUAGUAAAGACGAUAGUGAAAAAGAAUUCACUGUUGCAUCAUGCAACCCCGGUGGAAACGUUGUUGCAUUUGGGGGCUUUAAUCGCAUCCGAGUACUUUCAUGGAGUCCUCGUAAAGGUGGGUGGGACGAGUGUAAAUUAAAAGAAAUAAAAAAUUUAUACACUAUAACGGCUAUUGCCUGGAAGCAGGAUGGUUCGGAAUUAGUUAUUGGGACCUAUUGUGGCGCGGUUGACCUAUUUGACUGCUGUGUGAAGAAAAAAUUAUACAGGAAAAUUUUUGAGUUCAAUUAUGUUGGGCCAAGUCAAGUUAUCGUUAGAAACCUGAAAACUGGAGACACAACUGUUGUGCAGUCAAAAUUUGGCUACGAGAUUGACGAUGUAAAAGUGAUGGGUCAAGAUCGAUACUUGGUCACACAUACAUCAAAUACUCUAAUACUCGGUGAUCUGCUUGAGAAUCAUUUGAGUGAAGUUCAGUGGAACAGCAAGAACUUUAAUGAGCGCUUCUAUUUUGGCUAUAAUAAAUUCUGCAUAAUAUUUGGUUCUGGUGAAUUGUAUGUGGUUGAAUACGGGGUAAAUGAAAUAUUGGGCUCAAUCAAAACUGAAUUUACUACUCCACUUUUAAUAAGUGUUAGAGUAAACGAACGAAAAUCUAGCAAUAACCGCAUAUGUAAAAAGAUCGCCUAUAUGUUAGAUGUGAAGACAGUAGCCAUUUUUGAUUUUAUGACAGGGUCAAAUGUUACACAUGUUUCUCACGAUAGAAAAAUUGAUUGGAUCGAAUUAAACGAAACUGGACAAAAGCUGCUUUUUCUGGACAAAAAGCUUCAACUUGUUCUAUUUGAUAUAGAAACAGGUGUAAAGUUCACGCUACUUAACUUCUGUUAUUAUGUACAGUGGGUUCCUCAGAGUGAUGUCAUAGUUGCCCAAUCUAGAGAUAGCCUUUGCGUUUGGUACAACCCUGAGUCACCUGAUCGAAUGACAUCAGUCCCAUUGAGAGGUGGAGAUAUCACAGAAGUCGUACGUCAGAAUGGAAGGACGGAGGUUUUGAUAAGUGAUGGUAUGACUUCUGGUUCCUAUGCUUUGGAUGAUAGUCUUAUUGAAUUUGGUACUGCUAUGGAGGAUGGGGACCUUGAAAGAGCAGUUUCAUUUUUGGAAAGCUUGGAAGUUACACCCGAAACAAAAUCUAUGUGGAACAAACUUGGCUUUGCAGCCCUAAAGGCAGGGAAUUUAUUAAUCGCAGAGCAGUGCUUUGCUUCUGUAGGUUGCAUGAGCAAGGCACGAUAUUUGCGGCAAACUCGAAGUCUACUAAUGGACAAUAAAUUGACUAAGCCAAAUACUCAGGCACGCAUUGCUGUCCUUGAGAAGGAUUUUCGACUAGCUGAAGAUAUAUUUCUGUCACAAAAUUCCGUAGAGGAUGUUACGAAACUAUACAAGGAUCUGCUUAAGUGGGAUGACGCUAUUGAGAUUGCUGAAGCUAAACAUUGGUCUGGUGCGGACGAACUUAAGAAAGAUUAUUAUCAAUGGUUAACAGAAACUGGACAAGAGGAAAAAGCUGGUGAUUUACGUCAAAAAAGUGGUGAUUUUAAUGCAGCAAUAACGCUGUAUCUUCGUGCAGGUGUACCUGGUAAAGCUGCGCGUUUAGCACUAACUGAAUCGAAAAUCUCAUCAGAUAGAAUGUUGAUGGAAAGAAUCAUUGUGUCACUAACUCAAUGUGAAUUAUAUGAAAAAGCUGGUGAAUUAUAUCAAAGUUUAGGUCAAUCAGAGGAUGCUUUGCGUUGUUAUCGUCAAGGUCAUUGUUAUCAAAAAGCCAUUGACUUAGCUAGGACAUCUUUUUCAUCGAAUAUUUUACAAUUAGAAGAAGAAUGGGGUGAUUAUUUAGUGAUAAAACAACAAAUGGAUAAUGCAAUUAAUCAUUUUAUUGAAGCUGGUGCAUAUGUGAAAGCAGUGGAUGCAGCAAUUCAUUCAUGUCAAUGGACAAAAGCUUCUCAAAUUUUAACAUCAAUUGAAAAUGAAAAAUUAUCUGACCAACUUUCACCUUAUUAUGUUAAACUUGCUGAACAUUAUGCUGCAAAUCGUGAAUACGAUGCAGCGGAACAAGCAUUUCUUAAGGCGAAUCAAUUAAAAUUAGCUGUGAAUAUGUAUAUUUCAGCUGGAAUAUGGGAAAAAGCACAUUGUCUAGCUUCGGUGACUAUGAAUCAAACAGAAUUAACUAAUAUGUACAUAUCACAUGCUGAAGAAUUUGAAAAUAUUGGUAAUUUCAAAGAAGCUGAACGUUUAUAUUUAACUGUUAACGAAACUGAUCGAGCAAUAUCCAUGUAUAAAAAUGCCCGUCAGUAUAGAGAGAUGUUACGUUUGGUAAAACAAUUCAAUGCUGAUUUAUUAGAUCAAACUUAUUUACAUCUGGCGGAACAACUUCAAAGUGAAGGAAAUUUAAAACAAGCAGAACAGUAUUAUUUAGAGGCUAAAGAUUGGAAAUCCGCUGUGAACAUGUAUCGUACCAUUGAUCGAUGGGAAGAUGCUUAUCGUGUUGCAUCGAAUUGUACCGAACAACCGGAAUUACGUAAACAGGUUGCUUAUUUAUGGGCAAAACAUUUGGGUGGUGAAUCAGCUGUUCGACUGUUGACACGUUUACGUUCCAUAGAAAAUGCCAUUGAUUAUGCCAUGGAACAUGGUGCGUUUGAUUUUGCAUUUGAAUUAGCUCAAUCCGGUUGUUGCCUUGAACGUUUACAUGAAAUUCAUAAUAAAUAUGCAAUGUUUUUGGAAGAUGAGGGAAAAUUUUUCGAAGCUGAAGAACAGUUUAUUAAGGCAGGUAAACCCAGAGAAGCAGUACUCAUGUAUGUUCACAAUCAAGAUUGGGAUUCAGCUGCACGUGUGGCCAGUGAACAUGAUCCAGACAGUUUAAAUGAUGUAUUACUUGAACAAGCUAGAUUAGCAUUUGAAGAAAAGGAAUUCGCUCAAGCUGAAGCACUGUUUUUAAGAGCUCAACGUCCUAAUUUGAUAGUACGUGCUUAUCGUGAAGCAGGCAUGUGGGAAGAAGCAAUUCGAAUCGCUGAAACUUAUUUACCAAAUAGAGUUGAAGAGUUGAAGGAAGAAUUACGUGAAGAAAGACUACAUGCCAUAACAGGUGGACAAAGAUUAUCCGGUCGUAAACAAUCUACCGAUCAUCGUAAAGCAUUACUUACAGCAAUUGAUGAAUUGAUCGACACAAGUACAAAUACGUAUAUUUUACAAGCAAGAAAUUAUGAAUCUCACGGUGAAUAUUUACGUGCAAUUGAAAAUUAUUUAAAAAUUACACCGAAUACAAAUUCUGUUGAUAAUAAUAAUAAUCAGAAUACAACUGAUUCAAUGAUGAAACAACCACUUACACUAGAAUUAUGUGAACGUGCUUGGAUGCAUGCGGUUAAUUUGGCGGUGAAGUUUUUACCACCUGAAAGUUCAGCUAAAGUUACCGAACUGGUUGCUUCCCGUUUAAUAUCAUUUCAACGUUAUACUCUAGCCGGUGAAUUAUUUUUAAGUAUUGAUAAAAUACAAAAAGCUGUCGAUGCAUUUAUUGCUGGAGAGAAUUGGUCAAAGGCCAAAGGUGUAGCACGUGAAUUGGAACCACGUUUAGAAUCAUAUGUUGAAGCAAAGUAUAGAGAAGCGCUAAAAAUGAGUGGACAAGCAGAAACAUUAGCUAGUGUUGAUAUUAAUUCAGCUUUAGAUAUGUAUGUAGAACAAGGUAAAUGGGAUAAGUGUUUAUCUACAGUGGAACAAUUAUUACAUGAAGCAAAACAAACUUCAAAUGAUCGUAAUAAUAAAACUACUGACAAUAAUUCAUCAGCAGUUUUAAUAGAACAUCAACGUCUACACAAAUAUGUUGCUGUGUAUGCAGCCAAUUUAAUUAAAGAUUCACGUGUUUAUGAUGCAAUGUUAUUGUAUAAAAAAUAUGGUACACCAGCAUAUAAACAAAAUUUCAAUAUUUACAAACGUAUAUUUCAAGGUAUAACAAGUCAACGAGGUUUGUACGGAUCCGAUGCUUAUCCAACAUGGUCAACAUUACGUGAUAUAUUAUUUGAUUUAAAUCAAAAUCUUAAACAAACCAAACCUGAUAUUCAACCAGAAAUCAUAAAAAUAUUUGAACGUAUGCUUUUAGUGACGCAUUAUUAUGCUAUUCGUUCAGCUUUAUUAUCAACACAACAAGAUGUUAAAGAGAUCGUUGCACAGAUCAGUGUAUCACUUCUUCGGCAUUCCGAUAUAUUACCAGCUGAUAAAGUUUUCUACGAGGCUGGUAUUGAUUGUCGUCAAAUUGGAUGGGAUAAUAUGGCUUUUGUAUUUUUAAAUCGUUAUUUAGAUUUAGUUGAAGCUAUAGAAGAUCCAGAUAAUUCGUCCAAUUCUUUAGACAGUACAGAUUUUCAAGGUACUGAUAUACCUAUGGAAGUUCCUAUACCAGAACAUCUUUAUACAACUAACAAAGAACACGAAGCUAUACGUGAAUGGAUAUUAGCCAUAUCAAUGGAUCAUAAACUUGAUCAAACAUUACCAAAAGAUGAAAGAGGUGUGUAUGUAGCAUCAUUGAAUUCACCUACCACUGGUCUCUCUGCAUUACCAUGUAUCAUUUCAGGUUAUCCUGUGCUUAGAAAUGGUAUUAUAUUUGAACCAUCUAAAAGAGUUGCGAUUAAAACUAAUUGGAAUAAAUUUUUGUAUAUAACAAAAAUGAGUCGUACAAUGGAAUGUUCCAAUGUGAAAGAAUUCAUUCAACAAUGGUCUGGUACGCCUACAUUCAAUGAAAUCUAAUCAAUGAUGAUAUAAAUUAUAUUCAAAUUUUCCUCCUUCAGACAAAACAUACUAUGCGCACAUAAUUUCAUCUUUGGGAUUUUUUUCCAUUUCACAAACUUUAUACACUACU